GAAAACUUCCGGAAUCGCCAGAUCCCACUGAAAACGCCGUAACUCAAGUGCAAGCAAGCCAAAGUUCUACCAGAGACUCGCCUCCCCAACAGCCACAGAAUGACUACCAUGAAUCCAGAGUACGACUAUUUAUUUAAGCUUCUCCUCAUCGGCGAUUCAGGAGUGGGCAAGUCCUGUCUGCUGCUCAGGUUUGCGGACGACACCUACACGGAAAGUUACAUCAGCACAAUUGGUGUGGACUUUAAAAUAAGGACGAUAGAACUAGAAGGAAAGACCAUCAAGUUGCAGAUUUGGGAGACGGCGGGGCAGGAGCGGUUCCGUACCAUAACGUCCAGCUACUAUCGGGGGACACAUGGCAUCAUUGUUGCCUACGACGUCACAGAUCAGGAGUCAUUCAACAAUGUCAAGCAGUGGCUUCAGGAAAUUGACCGCUACGCCUGCGAGACUGUUAACAAGCUCCUGGUUGGUAACAAGUGCGACCUCACGACAAAGAAGGUGGUUGACUACACGACAGCGAAGGAGUUCGCGGACCAGCUGGGCAUUCCCUUCCUAGAGACGAGCGCCAAGAAUGCCACAAACGUGGAGCAGGCAUUCAUGACAAUGGCGGCGGAGAUCAAGAACCGCAUGGGCCCCCCAACCACGGAGGCGAACCUGCGGUCCGGCGACGGCAAGAUCAACCCGGGAACGCCCGUUCAGCCUCGCAGCUCAGGAUGCUGCUAAUUCCGAAGACAAACCCCCCUUCCCCCUUUUCCCU